AUGAAUGUCGUUUUUCUAUACGGUUACGUGAUUGCCAGUGUAAGUGCGGUCAUUUCGAUGAUUUACUUCGGUUUAUACAACUUUACUCAGCAGCGAAAUUUGCGCCUCAUUCUGGACAGUACGGUUUUUCGGCAGAUUUACGAACGUCGAAGAAGUCACCCAUCCCCGCACAAGUACGCCAACAGGCACCGCUCGAAACUGAUCACUCGUCGGCUGCUGAACAAGAUCAAUCAACUCAAACCCCGGAUUCAUCUGCCCUCGGAAGUGCCACGAUGGAAGCUGAUCUGCACGCCAACCGGUGAAGUGCGGGCCAUCCCUUUGGCACCCUGCAACGAAGCCAAGUGA